CGUGUUCUGUCAUGUUCCGGGAAAGCGAACAGUUUUCCUCUCUUAACUUAUGUUAUGAACUCUGACCAAACACAUUCUUGUUGAGCUGCUGAACUGGUGCGAGGCUGUCGGCAGUCCGUUAUAACAAGUAGAAAAUGCACUUAUGACUGGAUCCCGUCCCAAGCCCUGUCAAAUGAUGAUCAGAGACAUUGUCAUAGUGCAGCAUCCUGUCUGUGUGUGUGUACCUGUGAACCACAAGGUGACUCUGAGUGUCCGAGCUGAGGGCACAGGGGUCCUCAGCUACCAGUGGUUCUCUGAAAAUGAAAACAAGGUGCCUGGUGGUACUCAAGCAGACCUGACUUUCAGAGCUCAGAAAACUCAGCUCUAUGUGUGCAGAGUGAACGACCAGUUCUAUAACUAUGUGUUCAGCGAAUGGGUGAAAGUGAAGGUGUUGGACAUUGAUAAAUCAGGCCUGCCGGCUCAUUGGCAGGGCGAGCCACAUAUCGCUAUCAACCCUAAACCACAGACAAUUCAGCAUGGUGCAAAGCUCACUCUCCGCUGUGCUGCUUUUGGCAUCCCUGCCCCACACUACCAGUGGUACAGAAAUGGACAGCCACUGCAGGACAAGACUAGUGACAUGCUGCAGAUUGACCAUGCAACAGCUGACCAUGCGGGAUCCUACCUGUGCUCAAUAUCUAACGUGCUAGAGGAGAGGUGGACUGAACCAGUCGAUGUUGACACUGUGCAACCUCGGCAGCAUGUUCCUGCAGCACCCACGGCCAGUGAUAAAGUUGCUCUGCUUAUUGGCAACCUGAAUUACUCCCACCACCCCGGCUUGAUGGCCCCCAUCAUGGAUGUACACGAGCUGGGAAACCUCCUGCAGCAGCUUGACUUCAGAAUCGUUUCCUUGCUGGAUCUCACCAGAGAGGAGAUGCUGGCCGCUAUUGACAAGUUCAUUGAGCUCCUUGACAGAGGAGUUUAUGGCCUUUUCUACUAUGCGGGCCAUGGAUAUGAGCAUGCUGGGAAGAACUACUUGGUCGCCGUUGAUGCUCCACAACCGUACAGAACUGAAAACUGUGUCUGUGUGCAGAGGGUCAUGCACAGCAUGCAGGAAAAGCAGACUGCACUGAGUGUCAUCCUGCUGGAUACCUGUAGAAAAUGGUACAACCAGGAUUGCAUACCAUCAGUCAUCAUGCCAUCAGGACCAAGUGGGAACACAGUUUAUGGUUACGCUACAUGUGAAGAUGCUGAGGCGUACGAGGUCCAGGACGGGGGGAAAAGUACUGGAAUCUUCACUAAGUACUUGAACAGGCACAUUCUACAACCUGGGAAAGUCACACAUGUCUUGGAGAUGGUGUCUGAGGAUCUCGGCAGAGACCCUCUAGUCAUAGGAAAGCAGGCGGUGGAAAUCAAACACACGCUGAAGGAACCUCGAUCCCUUACAGAUAAAGUUCGAACAACCGGCCACACAAAGGAACUACACCGGCGAGAUGCCUGCUGGAAACAAGCAAAUAAGCUACCACGGAGGAAGCGGCUGAUGUUUCUUUGCGGAGUGGAAGUGGAAGUCAGCUUCUCAGCUUUAUUCUCUAACGUCUUGGUUGCUUUUGCCACAGUCAAGACAACAGGCCCACAUACCCAGGACUGCACCGUCACUCUCAGAAGCGUACCUACAAUGGAAGACAUAUUUUCCAGGCCUGGCAUGUCAGAGGAAAUGGACUCUCUACUACUUAGGCAAUCUGAAAACUCAGACUGUACUUUGAGACUUUGCGCCCUUCAGAAGCUUAAGGAAUCGAUGCUCAUCAAAGUGGAUCUACACUAUACUCACAGAGACAGUAAGCUGCGCCAGACAGAAAGCCAGCAUUUGGACAUUGGAAAGCCUCUGGUCGCUUCCUGUAAACUGUACAGGAGAAAUCAUGCAGCAACAGGAAAGAAGAAAGAAGGUGCUUCUGCUCAAAGUAUGGGCAACAUUUCAAAUGGCAAACCCCUGCUGCCUCAGACUCUGCCUGGCACAUGUCGUCCUUUCACUCGUCAGGCGUUGUGCCCUGCCAAAAUUGCAGUUACACCGAGCAAUGAACCUGAGGAGAAUGAUGAAACGGAACUGCAAGACCUUUACCUUUGACAUCUAAUCUUUCUGGUUCUACACUUGUAAAUACUAGCUGAAAUUCGGAUGUUUGCUACAGUUGCUGAUCAUACAUGUUACAUGUCUGUGAUUGAUGAUGAUAAUGAAUGAGUGAAUGACUGAGAUUUGUGUUCUGUUUGUGUUACCAGCCUUUAAUUCAUCGCACAGUACUGAAAACACAUUAACACUGUACAAUGACUGUAUAAUGCUUCUAAAAAACAUUACUUGUACAUGACACUUUCUCCAUCAGUGCUAAACUGGCUGGCCUAAUUUAUCAUAUGAAGACAUUACUGGCAGUAAUUUAAAUAAUAAAGAUUACUACUUUCAUCAUUA